UGAGCGGGUUCCUCUCUAGAAAUAGCAGCCUGAUUGAGCCAUUCUCUUUAAUAAAGAGAGGCUGGGUUAUUUAUUUAUUUUAAUGUUUUUUUCCUAAGGACCCUGGUGUCCUUUACCUGCUUGUGAAUCUGGGCUGGGGAGAAUCCCUGACAAAUUCAGGAAAAAAUGUGACCGCUUCCACGUGAAACUUGAAUGCGUCCUCGCUUUAAUUAGGAGCAGAGUGCAAAUACAAGGUUAAUAUUCGGGUUAAUAUAAGACAAUUAACAAGCCAACAAUGCUGAGCAGCUCCACUCUAAACUCAGCCAUGCUUUUCCACGGGAUCUCCGGAGGCCACAUCCAAGGGAUCAUGGAGGAGAUGGAGAGGAGAUCCAAAACCGAGUCCCGCCUGGCCAAAGCGGGGCAGAUGAACGGCCGGGAAGCGAGCAUGCCCCCCAUGAGCCCCGAGAAGCCCGCGUUGUGUGCUGGCUGCGGAGGGAAGAUCUCCGACCGCUAUUACCUGCUGGCUGUUGACAAACAAUGGCACCUCAGGUGUCUUAAGUGCUGUGAAUGUAAACUGGCUCUGGAGUCAGAACUCACCUGCUUUGCCAAGGACGGCAGCAUUUACUGCAAGGAGGACUACUACAGAAGGUUCUCCGUGCAGAGAUGUGCCCGCUGCCACCUUGGGAUCUCAGCCUCCGAAAUGGUCAUGAGAGCCAGGGAGUCGGUUUAUCACUUGAGCUGCUUCACCUGCACCACCUGCAACAAGACUCUGACCACAGGCGAUCACUUUGGCAUGAAGGACAACCUGGUUUACUGCAGGGCCCACUUCGAGUCCCUUUUGCAAGGAGAAUACCCCCCUCAGCUGAGCUACACCGAGCUGGCUGCCAAGAGCGGAGGGCUGGCCCUGCCCUACUUCAAUGGUACUGGCACGGUCCAGAAAGGGAGGCCCAGGAAACGGAAAAGCCCCGCGCUAGGAGUGGACAUCGUCAAUUACAACUCAGGUUGUAAUGAAAAUGAGGCAGAUCAUCUGGACAGAGACCAGCAGCCUUAUCCCCCAUCCCAGAAGACCAAGCGUAUGCGCACCUCCUUUAAACACCACCAGCUUCGCACCAUGAAGUCCUACUUUGCUAUCAACCACAACCCGGAUGCCAAGGACCUCAAGCAGCUUGCUCAGAAAACGGGCCUCACCAAGAGAGUUCUGCAGGGAGAACAAAUCUUGGGGCAUUACAGCCAAACAUCCCGACGUUUGAAAAUUCCCUAAAGUAUUAAAAGAAGGGGAAAAGUUUGAUCGGAAAUCCACUGCAGUGAAGACAAAGACAAUAUUAGGUUAUGAUAAUCAUACAUUUAAAAAUCUAUUGAGCCAAAAAAAAGACUUGAUGUCAUUUCCUGAAUGUUAACAAAACAUAUGUUAUUUUAUGAUGUCUAAUUAACAGAACGGAAGGCUUCAAAAUUGUAUGGUAUUAAAACAAAUUUAGAGAAACUGUGUAUAAAACCAGAGCAACCUGGCAACAAUCUACCCGGCCCAUAUUUGAAGGCAAUUUUUCUUUAAAAAAAAGUCACAUUUGUCAAGCACAAGUACUUGUAAAAUAAAAUCCGAAUGCAUUCAUUCCACUUGCUUGCUAAUGUGUAUUAGUCAUAUCUGUUAAAUGGAUUUUUGUAAAUUCUAAGAAAGCUUUUCAUUCAUUUAAGAUCAUAGGGAUCAAAACCCAGUAAUUUUAGUAUUAUUGUUUCUGACUUUUUUUUUAAUGAAACAAAAAAAUCUGCAUGCACUUUUCCAUCUGUCACUUAUAGUGUACAUUUCUGUAUGAUGAAUUUCUCUUUGAUGUUUCUUGUAUAAUAGCUUUCAUUAAUAAACAUUUUAUUUGAUGCAAAUAUAGUUAACUUUAUGAAAACACAUAUCUGUUUAAAUUAAUUUAGGCUUACCUUUUUGAAAAGAAGCAGUACAGUACAAUUCCAAAAUGUUAUAAAUAGAAAUCAUAAGGAGGUGGCAAUACUGUUGCACUCUAUAACAUUUAUUUUGGAGUUUUAAUUUUUUCAUGUUUAUAUUCACUGCAUACAGUUGACAUGUUUAAAAAAAAUACUAUCAGCCUCAAAAAUUAAAUAACACCCACAUCUCCCUCCAUAUAAGCAUAUACAGUACAGCAUGUAAAACCAUCAAUGAUAUUUAGAAUACCAGCAUCUAAUUUGUGGUUCCCUGAGAUGUUUACAUAGUCACUAUGCAAGGAGCAAAUUCGUUUAACUAGUAAGAAAACUUUGUCCUAAGGAAGAUCUUUGCCCAGUCCAAAUCACAGAUGAUUUUUACAAGCCAACAAGCAAGUGUAACAAUAAUCAAUUCUUUUUAGUGACAAGGUUUUGUAAUUGUUAAAAAAAAGACUAUUUGCAGAAAGAUUUUUUUUUAAAAAAAGCUAUAUUCC